CACUACUAUAUAACAAAUAAUUUGAGCUAAUAUGGCUACUCACACAACUCGUCUUGGUUUGGGAGAGCGUGACAGAAAUUUAGCUCGCCCUGCUAUGAGGAGAAAUCCAGUAGACUGUAAAAACUCAAACAGAGAUAACGCUCUAAAACCAGCAUUAAAGCAAACUACCACCAAUGCCCUUGUGACAAACAAAGCAUACGACUUGAGAGUACGCAAGGUCGCUGCACUUAAGCCAUCCUCCAUUGCUAAUGUUCCGUAUGCAAAGAAAGAAACUGCGGAACCAAGCAAAAAGAAGAAAACUACAGACGUUGUUGAAGAUUUAACGAGUAAACUUCAAAACAUUUCUGUGGAGGACAUCGACGAGGAUGACAAAGAGAAUCCUCUGUUAUGCAGCGAGUACAUCAACGAUAUAUAUGCGUACAUGAAAAUCAUGGAAAUAGAAUAUCGUGUUGAUGCUGAUUAUAUAAAGAAAAAGACAGACAUUACCGAUAGAAUGCGAGGAAUUCUGGUGGACUGGCUGAUCCAGGUUCAUCUGAAGUUCAAACUCCUCCAAGAGACAUUAUACCUUACAGUUGCUAUUCUAGACCGAUACUUAUCUGUUACUGACAUUAAAAGAGAUAAAUUGCAGUUGACAGGAGUGACCUGUAUGCUGAUUGCCAGUAAAUUCGAGGAGAUCUACGCUCCUGAAGUUAACGACUUUGUUUACAUUACAGACAACGCCUACACAUUCCAGAAUAUCCUCGAUAUGGAGAUAAAUGUUCUGAACACAUUGGAGUUCGAUCUGAACCACCCACUCCCACUUCACUUCUUGAGGAGGAACAGCAAGGCUGGCAAUGCUGACGGCAAGGUCCACACUCUCGGAAAAUACCUCACCGAAAUCUGCCUCACUCAUAUGUCAAUGCUGAAGUUCAAGCCGAGCGAGUUAGCAGCAGGAGCAUUCCUAGUAGCACAGCAUGUACUGAUGCCAGAUAAAAAGUGGAACAGCACUCUGACCCACUACACAGGGUACACACGAGACAUGGCUCUCGUCCCUGCUAAAGCUAUCUGCGAGUUGGUGAUACGAGCAGAGAAGAGCAAGCACCAAGCCGUCAGAAACAAGUACAGUUCCUCAAAAUUCAUGUCAGUCAGCAGUCUGGACGAAUUAGAACGUGUUCAUGACAUCCUCGAGGAAUAGAUCAGGAAUGUCAGUGACAUUGUUCAACUAUUUGUGACACUUUUGCAGGACGCGGGGCUGGGGGAUGUAAUAUAUAAGUGGUUUUUACUGAUCCUUUAUUAAAGGACUUGACAGACUUAGCGAAGUUUUUUAAUUACUUCGCUUAUAGUUGAUAUUAUAGUACGAAAGACCAAUUUUUAUCGUGUGUUUUUACUUUUUGGGUUGCUUCUUGAAUCUUGAUUUAAUAAAAAGCCAAUAUAUUCGAGUUGUUCCAAACCAACACACAGGUCUCAUUCAAAUAUUUCUAAUGCCAUUAAAUGGAGCUCCGAAGAGCGCUCGAAUCUGACUUAGAUCAGUUGAUUUUUGGCGGAAGACUUAGUGUUACUGUGUUAAUACCAACUAUUUACAACUCGGCGUAAUAAUGCAGUUCCGAAGAGUUUAUUAAGCUGUUUUUUAUUUCGAGAAAUUUCUAUUACAAUAUAAGAUGAUGACUUUAAUAUGAUAAUUGCUAAUUGAUGACUACUUAUGACCAAAACAACGACUUUUUGCCGGAUCUUUGGCAUGACAAUUGUAACCGACUGACAGUGUUCUCCUGUAACCCUUUACAGGGUUUACAUCAGUCAGUUUUCAGUUUUUCAGACGUGAAAUUAUGUAUCAAGUAAAUUAAUUAAAGACUUGCGCAUAAUUAACGAUAUUUAAUAUUUUGCUGUUCAAUAUUGGUAAUUAAUGUAACAGAUAGAUCAAAAAACAUGCAUAAUUUUCAAAAUUUGUCGAGAUCAUAAUUUUGAUUUGAUGUCGAAUAAAGCAUGGUAUCAUAAUUUUACGAUAUUGAUAUUUAUAACCAACUCGGUGUAUUCAAUUCAUGUACAUUAUUAUUUAAGUAUUAUUAACUUGUUGUUAUUUAAGUCUGGCUGUCUAAUUUCAUCGAAAAUUAAAUUGAAUCGAUAAUUGUGUUCUUCCAAUUCGUCUAACUUAACAGAAAUAUCUAUCAACUUUCGGUAUAAUGCAUUUUAUAAAACUUAUAUUCUAUUACCUCAGUAGUGCUAAAAUGGCAACUAAGGUCGCAGCAUCCAAACCAUCAGGCCCAGCAGCCGCCAAGAUCGCGAUGAAAGGAGGCAAGUCCAACAAGAAACAGUUCAAGGACAAGGAAAAGCCCACCGACAUCAGACUGAGCAACAUUGAAGCCGCUAAAGCCGUUGCAGAUGCCAUCAGGACCAGUCUGGGACCUAAAGGUAUGGACAAGAUGAUCCAGGGCAAAACUGGAGACGUCACCAUCACAAACGACGGUGCUACAAUCUUGAAAGAGAUGCAAGUGUUCCACCCUGCAGCCAGGAUGUUGGUGGAGCUCAGCAAGGCUCAGGAUAUUGAGGCUGGAGAUGGAACCACUUCCGUGGUUGUCAUUUGUGGUGCUCUUCUGGACGCUGCUCGCAAACUUCUCCAACGUGGCAUCCAUCCUACCACUAUCUCCGAAGCUUUUCAGAUCGCUCAGGCCAAAUGUGUGGAGGUCCUUACUUCUAUCGCUAUGCCCAUGAAGUUAUCAGACACUGAAUCUCUGAUCAAGAUGGCCUCUACCUCCCUAAACUCUAAAGUGGUUUCCCAAUACUCCGGUCUUCUCGCUCCUCUGUCUGUUCAGGCUAUCAUGAACAUCAUUGAUCCCGAAACCGCCACCAAUGUCAAUCUCAAAGACAUCCGGGUCGUUGCCAAAGUUGGAGGAACUGUUGAAGAUACCAGACUAGUAAAUGGAAUCGUCUUGACCCAAAGAGCACAAGCAACUGGAGUUCACAGAGUUGAACGAGCAAAGGUAGCCCUCAUUCAGUUCUGUCUGUCUCCUCCUAAAUCUGAUAUGGAUUCCCAAGUAGUGAUCUCGGACUACACCCAAAUGGACAGGAUCUUGAGGGAAGAACGAGCCUACAUCCUCGAUCUGUGCAAGAAGAUAAAGAAGAGUGGAGCUAACGUGCUCCUGAUCCAGAAAUCAAUCCUCCGAGAUGCUCUGAACGACAUGGCACUUCACUUCCUGACCAAGAUGAAGGUUCUGGUUGUCAAGGACAUCGAGAGGGACGAGAUUGACUUCGUGAGCAGGACACUGGGAUGUCGACCCAUCGCCACCGCAGACCACAUGCUCCCUGAACAUCUGGGACAGGCUGACCUUGUAGAGGAAAUCCACGUCGGAGGUGGCAACAAGGUAGUGUCUAUCACCGGGUGCCAGAGCAAUGCCAAAACAUGCUCUAUUUUGGUACAAGGAAGUAACAAACUGCUGGCUGAUGAAGCUGAGAGGUCUAUCCAUGAUGCUCUUUGUGUUAUCAGGUGUUUGGUUAAGAACAAGAACAUGAUUGCUGGCGGUGGAGCUCCUGAAAUUGAACUUAGUAUCCAGUUAGCGCAAUAUGCUGCUACACUCAGCGGAGUAGAGUCUCAUUGUAUCAAAGCAUUCGCUGAUGCACUGGAAAUCAUCCCAUUCACACUGGCUGAAAAUGCUGGACUCCCUCCAAUCAACAUCGUCACGGAGCUCCGAAACCGUCACGCUCAAGGAGAGGCUAUGGCCGGUAUCAACGUCAAGAAAUGCUGCAUCACUAAUAUCACAGAGGAGAACGUACUGCAGCCCCUGCUCGUUUCCAUCAGCGCCAUCACUCUCGCUAGUGAAACUGUGAGGAGCAUUCUCAAAAUCGAUGAUAUUGUUAACACAUCACGCUAGAUACAAUAAUCAGUUUCGUCCGACUCUUAUUUGUUUAAGUUUAUUUGUACUAUUGGUAUUUUGAGCGAGCUGUAUAUUAUGUUUUUAUACCAAAAGGCACUAUUUUCGUAUCAAGAAUAA